UGUGAACUUUAGCCCAUUUCAUAAAAAAAAAGUUGAAUAUCAGAAAAUGGAACCCGAAAAAUAUCUGUUAAUAGACUGUGAUCCAGGUGUCGAUGAUUGUUUUGCAAUCAUGAUGGCUUUAACGCAAAGGCCAAAAAUUAAAAUUGUUGCAAUAACUUGUGUGAAUGGAAACGUCGGUAUCAAACAGGUUGCCAUCAACGCGGUUCGAGUUGUAAAAGUUUGCGAGAUGUUGGACCAGGUGCCUAUUUACCAGGGAUGCGCUGAUCCGGUUCUUCUGAUGCCUGGCAGCAUUGAUUCAAGUUUUUACCACGGUAAGGACGGUAUGGGAGACGUGCCGGAUAUCGAGCCACGUUCAGACGAAAAUCUACUGAGACAUGUUCAGGAUGAACACGCUGUUAACGCAAUAAUUCGAUUGUCAAAAAAAUACGAAGGGAAACUACAAAUUCUUGCGAUUGGACCCCUCACUAAUGUUGCCCUCGCCACUAGACUGGAUCCGGAUCUUCCUAAACGAUUGAAAAGUGUUCAUAUAUUAGGGGGUACGAUAAGAGGUCACGGGAAUGUGACACCAUGUUCUGAAUACAACUUUUUCACCGAUCCUGAAGCGGCGCAAAUGGUUUUGCGUGGGUUCUCUCAUCGAUGUCCAGUACAAAUCCUGACAUACGAGGUAACGACGGACCAUCCUCUUCCACCGCAUUGGUUUGAUGAUUUAUUGGAGAAAGAUAGUGCUAAGUGUAACUUUUUUCGUGAAGUGUAUAAGACACCAAAAAUGUUGGAACUCGAAGACAUAUCCGCUGGGAUUUCAACUGGAUAUAUCAUCUGUGACGCAUAUAUAGUAAGCGUUGUUCUGAGACCAGAUUGCAUCAUAAAAUCUAGGAAGCUGCGCAUGGGAGUAGAACUGGGUGGGAACUUAGCGAGAGGAAGCCUUGUAAUUGAUCACAAAAGCAAAGGUAGUCCACAUUUGACGGAAGGUGCGAUUGAACUGAUUGAAGAAAUAGACGUUGGAAAGUUCAAAGAGUUAGUGGCCGAAACAUUGGCCUGAUUGCUUGAACCUCGCCAAGCAGUGAUACCUUCGCAAUAAUAUCGAUGAUGAUUUAAAAUAUAAUCCAAUCUGCACUGACAAGGAGAACUUAUUCGUUGAAUUUAGUUCGAUUAAACAAUUGCCAUUUAUUGACGUUGUACGAUGGUUCGACAAUUGUAUAAAAUGCUUUGAAAAUUUAUAUCUACCUGUGAAAGCUUUUAUGAUGUUGAGAAGUGUGUUGGUAUCCAUUUCUUGGGUUAAAUCGUAUAUAUCCAGCAAUCUGCGGUGCCCUCUUACAACUGUGAUAAAUGUUACGUACCUCAUCCAAACUCACUGCAAUUUAACUUUUUUAUUUGACGUGUUCCCUAAAAAGUAUGCAACGUAAUAAUGAGGCGCAUGAACAAUACAAAUUAUCGGUACCGUUACUAAAUUAACAAUUCCAAAGAAAUGACAAUAUUUUUUUGAAUACUAAUUUUGCUUGAUUAGAAAACGCAUGAAAAUGCUAUGUCCGUUUUAAAGCCAAAUUUGAAUAUUAUGACCGACGAAAAAUAGUUUCGCAGGACUGAUACUUCAAUUGAAGACGUUCUAUGAUACCAUUUCAGAAUACAAAAUACAUGCAAUACAAAAUAGUUCAGCUCUUAAAUAAUUAUUCUUUUUACAUAUGCACUGAGACUUAUUCGAGCCGAAAGUGUAUUGAAAAGAAGGCUGACUUGUAAAGUAGAAAUGAUGACGGUAUUGGGGUAUUCAACGUGGCACGGUGUAGGGUCCAUUUUGAAAGCCACAUUUUGGAGCGAAAUAAGUCUGUCUUAUUGAACAAUAUUACAAAUUUUAACAUCUUCAAAAUAAUGUUUUUGAUUGGUUUAUAUAGUUUUUGCUCAUUUUGAUGUUUUUCCGACGCUUGACCCCAGAACAAUUUUGUUAUUCUUUAGAAUUGCAAAAUUUUGGACGCCCAUUUUUCGAGUGUUUUGGAGAGUUGGUACCUACGAACUGAUUUA